GCCAGGCGGGCGAGGAGGGCGCAGGCUCCUUCCCAGAAGCAAAAGCGGAAACAAAAGAGCCUCGACGGCGUCCCCGCCCGCACACUCGCGCUCGCUCGGGCGCACUCGGAGCAGCCAGCGGCGCCGGGAGCAGCCAGCGGGCGGGGGGCGAGGCGCGGCCCCGCCGUGUCCACCGGGCGGAGCAGCCAGCCAGCCAGCCAGACAGACAGACAGACAGCCGGCCGGCCGGCCGCGCCCGGACCACCCCGCGCACCGCGCCCGCAGCCCGCAGCCCGCAGCCCCGCGCCGGCCUCUGUCCCCGCCGCCCUCCCUACCCCAUGGCGCUGAAGCGGAUCCAGAAAGAACUAAGUGAUCUCCAACGUGACCCACCUGCUCACUGUUCAGCUGGACCUGUGGGAGAUGACUUGUUCCAUUGGCAAGCAACCAUUAUGGGGCCUCCUGACAGUGCAUAUCAAGGUGGGGUCUUCUUUCUCACCGUACAUUUUCCAACAGACUAUCCCUUUAAGCCACCAAAGAUUGCUUUCACAACAAAAAUUUACCAUCCAAACAUAAACAGUAAUGGAAGUAUUUGUCUCGAUAUCCUGAGGUCACAGUGGUCACCAGCUCUGACAGUAUCAAAAGUUUUAUUGUCCAUAUGUUCUCUGCUUUGUGAUCCUAAUCCAGAUGACCCCUUAGUACCAGAUAUUGCACAAAUCUAUAAAUCAGACAAAGAAAAAUACAACAGACAUGCAAGAGAAUGGACUCAGAAAUAUGCCAUGUAAAAGUUCAAGGAAAAAAAUCCAUAUAUACCAGAGUACUGUAAGAUCUAGGUUCUUUCCAGCACUAGCAGUAAAUUGAGCACUGUUUACUGUCCCAUUCAUUGUCCCAUGAAAUCUUUUGGUUUUUACCCAUUUUAAAUGUAUUUCUGAAGCAAGACAAAACUCAGCUUCCAAAAAUACCCUUAAGACUGUGAUGAGAGCAUUUAUUAUUUUGUGUGCAUUGAGAAAGACAUUUAUUAUGGUUUUUAAGAUACCUGGACACCUGCGUCUUCAGCUUACAGGAUCUGCAAUGCAUCUGAAAAGCAACCAAAUUAUUUUUUGCUGAAACUAGAUGUUUUUACAUGAGGAAGACUGUACGUGUUGUCUGAAGAUGUCAGUUUUAUAAAUCUGCAUUCAGAUUUCACCCUUUGUUAGCUCACUUUAUAAUUUGUAUUUUUUUAUUGUAUAGACUAAAUAUAUUCUAUUUACAUGUAUGUCAACUCAUUACUUUUUUCCUAUGAACAGUAUUGAAAAAGCCCAACAGCUGAUAAUUAAUGAAUUAACUGUCUGUCUCCCUUGUUUUAAGGGAUUCUGUAUAUCAAUUACAGAUUCUUAAACCUGAAAUGAUCUGUACACUGUAAUUCUCAGUCUAUUGAUUAUGGAUAAACACUUGUUUUGAUUUUGUUAUACUUGACUUAACUUUAUUGCAAUGUGAAUUAAUUGCACUGCUAAGUAGGAAGAUGUGUAACUUUUAUUUGAUGCUAUUCACAUUUGAAUUUUUUUUUUCUGUAUAGGCGAUAUUAUAUUGACACCUUUUACAGACCUUAAUGUAGCUUUUUCCAUACAAAUAAAAUGCUUUUUCUACUA